AAUGCACAAUACCAACGCACGCUUUCUUACAUACAUACUCUGAUGUAAAUGUGGCCAUAUAAAGUAACCAAGUAUGCUCCAAAUUUUGUUUUUUAUGUCCUUCCUUUGCCCAUGUAAAUGGAACAAGUCCAGAUCCUACACGCAAUACACAGGAUACACACAAAACAAACUAGUCCUUUUCGAGUUUGAUGCCGUGUUGUAAUUACUUUUGUUGUGUAUUAUAAGCAAGACACUGUGUGGCAUAGAAUGGCAAAGCUGCAGUGUUGUGUGAGCAGUGCAAAUGAAGAAGCAGUGUUGUGAAGAAUCAGAGGCAACUGUUGGAUCCUGGGAAUGUUGGUUCGAUGAUGCAUGCAUCGUUGACAUGGAUUACUUUGUGAAGACCCUUUCAAGCAUCAAACAGAAGGGUAUUCGUGCAGACUUGAUUGGUUCCAUCAUCACUCAUUAUGCUUCCAUUUGGCUCCCUGAUCUCUCUGCCUCUUCUGAGAAUGGUGUCACCACUCAAUUCCAAUCCCCCGAAAGCGUCACGAGUUCAUGGAUGAAGAAGAGAUUCUUUGUGGAGACCUUGGUGAAUGUUCUGCCUCCUGAGAAGGAUUCUGUCCCAUGCAACUUCCUCCUUCGCCUUCUCAGAACCGCCAACAUGGUUCGGGUUGAUGCCACUUACAGAGCUGAGAUUGAGGACCGCAUUUCCUCGCAGCUAGAUCAAGCUUCUCUCAAAGAGCUCAUGAUACCCUCCUUCAGCCACACGUGUGGAACUCUCUUAGAUGUUGAGCUUGUCCUCAGGUUGGUUAAGAGGUUUAUGAGUAUGGACCGUGACGGUGCUGCUUUGGUUAAGGUUGCCAAGCUGGUUGAUUGCUACCUCGCUGAGGCUGCUGUGGACGCCAAUCUGUCCUUGUCUGAGUUCCAUGCACUUGCUGGAGUUCUUCCCAACCACGCAAGAGCCACGGAUGAUGGGUUGUACCGAGCCAUUGACACUUACCUUAAAGCACAUCCAGGUGUGUUAAAGCAAGAAAGGAAGGGUCUGUGCAGACUGCUUGAUAGCCGGAAACUGACACCAGAGGCCUCACUUCAUACAGCUCAAAAUGAAAGGUUGCCUGUGAGAGCUGUGAUUCAGGUGCUGUUCUCUGAACAAGCCAAACUCAACCGGCAAGUAGAUUGGAGUGGUUCCUUCAGCUUGAGGAGCCCAAAUGACCCACCUGGAAGGUGCCUUUCAAAGCGAGAAAUGAAUGCUCAGCAACUGGAGAUAACGAAGCUGAAGGAAGAUGUUUACAGGCUGCAAAACCAGCUGAAUGCCAUGAAAGUGCAGAUGGAGAGGUUGGCUGUGAAGAAGAAGGGCUUAUUCAAAUGGAAGAGGCUUGGAAUGCCUACAUUUGGUAGAAACGUGGGAGGGGUGGAGAGAAUUGAAGAAGAGGAGGAGGAAGCUGAAAGAGAAAGUAGGUUUGGAAGGCAAACGUCAAUGGACAUGAAAACCAGUUUGGUGAAAAGUAGGACUCCCCACAAGUGGAGGAAAUCUAUGUCCUGAGACAUUGGCUUUGAACAAAAAUAUAUGAUUCAUGUAGUCUCUGUUAAUUUGUUAUAGUAUACAAGUUCGUUUUUUUGUGUUGGACCUGAGAAAUAAUGUGAGAUAUAACUCUGGUAUUUGGAAUAAAAUUCAAUUAGAUGGUAUAUAGCAAAGUUCUUUAUGUAGUAAUGACUGUGAUUGCAUAAAUAAAAGAUAAGAACGCAAGACCAAUAUCAGAAAUGUUCUGAAUA